CGGCCCUCGCCGCGAUUCACCGGCUAGCUUGAGCUCUGCUAGCUUAGCACACCGAUAAUUUUCGUGUGAUAUUCAGUGACCAAACUUUGCCGUUGUUGUGAACUUGUGCUGUGGGAAGAACGGACUGAGGUUUUAAUUAAUUGAUCCUGAAGAAAACACAACUGUACGAACGAAUUGAACUGUGAUGCGGUGGAAGACGAGAGGUUUCGAAGCGAAUAUGAUUACCAGAGCGAUAUUACUCGUCGGCAUUCUAGCGAUAAACGUGUGUGAUGGAGCUCGCCGACCAGCACAACGCCGAAAGGACACCUCCCGCUCAGCAGAACUCUACGAGCCGGCUCCCAGCGCUGAGAGCCUCCAAGUGAUAGCGCAAGCGAUGGGCGCGGCCGGCUUUGAGCACUACACCGAGGGGCGGGCGCUGGUGAAGCGGCUGAUACCGGCCGACAGCCAGCCCGACCUCGACGUGGUAGAGCAUCAAGGAGUAAUCGGCAAGGCUGGCGUCGACUUUCCGGCGUAUCCCAACAUACCGGCCACGGGGUUCAACUGCAAGAAUGUGCCGACCGGCUACUACGCUGACUUGGAAACGGACUGUCAGGUUUUCCACAUCUGUGACACAUCCCGCAAAAUCUCAUUCCUGUGUCCAAACGGUACCAUCUUCAGCCAGUCCCACUUAAUCUGUGACUGGUGGUUCAAGGUGGACUGCGCGUCUGCUCCCGCGCUCUACGAGUCCAGUGCCGAAUACUACUCCAACGAACAAAAGAAAACCCAAAAGAUCACCCAGAGCCUGACCAAGAACCCUGAUCUCCAGCAAAUUGGCACAGACACUAACGUCCGUGCUGAAUCGAGGAGAGCCUCCGUCAAUGUACCCAGCACCACUGAGAGACUGCUAAGACACAGGCAGAGACUCCAAGGAGACGCUCUCAUCAACUCCAAGGCAACAGCAAGGAGCUUCCAAGCACUUUUCGACACUACGAACUUCAAUCCAACUCAAAGGACGCAAGCCACCACAGCUAUCGAAAAGAGAAGGAAGAAUUUGGUGCAGCUGAUCACGAAUAACUUUGGCAACUUCCCUUCAAGAAGCACUUCAUCAUCUUUCACCGAAGGACCUGUUUACAGACCGACCACGGCUGCCCCAGCUAUCGAUUACAACAGCAUCAGAGAAAUGCAAGUUGCUGCCGAAACUGCUUCAUUCGCAGCCAAUAAUAAUAACAGACAAUUCUUGCAAGAUUACAAUAAUAAGAACUACCGCCCAUACCCAGUUUACACACCCAAUGUGCCAGUCAAAUCUAACAAGCCGAAAACUAACCAUCAUCUGACAACUUUGUACGAUUUCCGUGAUAAAAAUCUGGAGCAAGUUUCUGAAAAGGCUGGCGAGUCUACAACUAAGCGAUCCACUCUUGUGCCCUACAACAAACCUUAUACUACACCGAACCAGGAAAAGCGCGACCCCUACACAAGGCCAGGAAUAUCUCUACUUAAAGACUUCCUGGAAAAGGAAAAGAACAAGACUAUAGCUACAUCUACUGAGAAAAUCUCACAAGCCACUGACAGAAGCGACCAAUACGAUCGUAACGAUUACCAUAACAAAGUAACUAUCGAAACGAAAGACACAUACGAAUCGGCUACUAAAAUACCGCAAACUACAAGGAGUCUGAAUUUGUAUGCUUCUGACACCGCCUCAUCGGAUAGGCAAGAAACGCGUACUACUCCAGCUAUCCAGGUAACUACAGAGCCGUACCAAGAAAGAAGAGAGAGGUUGAUUCGAAAAUUGAAUUUGGGAAACCAUGGAUCUACUACUGAAGCAACUUUGUCAACUGAAACUGAGAAAUACUAUGGGGACUUGCCAAACCGACCAGGCCUUGUUGUUCCCCCAUCUCUAACUCCAAAAACUCUACACAGCCUUGCAAUUUACUACGCUACUGCACUAGACAAUCUUUCGACUACUGAAACCCCAGAUGCCGAGGUCACUACACCAGCAUUUGAUGAAUACGAACCGCUCGACGAAGAAUUACCAGGGCUGUUCAGCCGCCAUACUCUCAACAAAUAUAGCAGUCUCUUUGGUCAUGGCCACGACAACUCUGAACUUCUCGAAGACUUGAAAUUGGAUCCUAAUGGAACUUAUAAUGAACUUGCCGAAGAUCUGAGCGUUCAACAAAGUCAGAACCCUCUUGCCACUUCUCCUCAGAUUAGGGAACUAGCUCAAGUCUUCACUCAUGCCCUUUCUGCAUAUCUGCAAGACCCUGUGCAAUUCAGGAAGGUCCUCUCCGAUAUUAGACCUACCCAGCCCUCAUUUGGCGAAUACUUAACGACUGAAGAGGGUUACAAUACUGAACCAACAACUACUGUAAAUGAAGAUGAUGAUGAAAUUCUAGGAUUCUCUGAUGACAUCAAAACCCGACCAGCGUUGCCUUCAUUGAGAGAUCCCAAGGCACUUAACAUACUAGCUACUAACUACCCAACUGUUUAUGACGACUUAACUACGACUCCAAAACCUUACACAACUGAAUUUAACCCUUCAUCAUUCUCUACUGUUACUCCACGCAGCCCAUUCAGAUGUUGUGAUAGGAUAUCAGCGUCUUACACUACUGCAUCUACUCCAAUUUCACCAAGUGAAUCCACGACUCCUAAGCCGUUUACGAAUACCGUGGCUGUUAAAGUUAACACACUGGCUAACCGUUUUAGUGAAAACCUAGUAUCAACGACUGAAGAUAGUUACGCAGUACCGAAAUUCGGUGGAUUCCAAAAUAACUCUCUAGAUUCACCUUACGGUACAGGAGUUAGCCCCACCAACUCUCAGCCUCUUAACGAGUACGUUGAAGUGACAAACCUGCCUACAGCCUGGGGCAUUGAUGCAUCCGACUCUACUGCGGCACCCUCUAUUAGCACAGUUGACAACACAUUCGAAAGCAAAAAAAUAAGAACCACCACGGUUCUGCCGGAAACCACACCAGUUUAUUUCACUGAAACUGACAGCGUUGAAUUGGAAAACGAAGAGGAAUUACAGAGAGCACACAGUCAAUCUUUCAUUGCUCCUCAAAGCAACAGUUUGCGGCAAGGCAAGCAACUUCAACUUGAGGAAACUAGCACAGUAAAGAAACCUUCAGAAGAUCUUGAGGCACCUACUGUUUCUGAAAUUGUAACCACUACUGCACAGCCUACAACUCAGGCAAGUACAACAAUCAAAGUUGAAGAAUUAGAUGUUAGCACAACCCCAUCUCCUGUAUCCAGUGACGUGUUUACUUCUCCUGACAGCGAAAAGACAACCAAUCAGUUCCAAUGGAGCACUUUCGAAGCCUGGCAGAGUACUGUGAUUGAUCCCAUCACCCUGAACGACGGUCUAAGUCCUUCAGGACCUGAACAACAAUCGCAAGUCGCAAGACAAACGAACGCUUGGGCUCUGAGUACGACUGCUGUCCCAUCAACUGACUAUACGGGAGCUAGCGAACAAACUGUGUCACCUACAAUCAAUGUAGAGUUAACCACACCUGGUACUCAAGAAAGACUGGAAGGAGACAGAUUCGGAAGACUCUUAAGAGACCCAACAUCCACUGAGCCAGCACAAGACCUAAGCGCAAUCACAGACACAGUUGUGGAGAAAGCCAAGGAAAUCAUGGGAGGUAUGAACGCUACAACCACUGAGAAAUUGAUGAACGUCAUGAAGAAAACGAAAUCAAAGACAGUCAGAAGACUGAUUCUGCUCUUAGUUCAGACUUGCGAUGACGACCACAACACAACGGCUGAGGCAUCGAAGAGAGCGUUGUUAGAAGCACUGAUGGCCGUUUCUCAGAAGGAUAUGGAAGAAAUCGCAAAAGAACAAGAGCAAGGGGAAUAUCAAACAACAACAUCCGAUAUUGAAGCUAGAUCUACGGAAUAUCGAAAGCCUGAACGAUUUGACAGACAGGAGAAAUCAUACGUCAGCGAUAGGAGAGGCAAAAGUUUGAACUUCGACCCCAGCGCAAUCAACUCCCUGUCGAACCCUACCUCGACUGAAGCCGUAAGAACUACGACAGAGGUGAUAGAGACUACAGCAGUGCCAGUUAAAACUACGUUUGCCAGUCGAAGGGGAACUAAGAGGUUCCAUUCAAGAACUACAGCGGCUGAAGCUAAAGUCACAACAGCUUUGCCAUACGUCGACAGUCCGAAAGCUGAGGCCAGGACGGCAGAACAAAGCGUCGAUUCAAAAGGCACUUCUGACACCAGAGCGUUAGAACUUUUAAGAUCUUUAUACACAAUCGCCGCCAGAUGGGGUUGAGGUUCAACAAAUAUUGUUUUGUUAGUAAUUGGUUUUUUAUAUUGAUGUUUAGGAGUUGUUUUGCUCAACAGUAAUUUUAAACAAAAUUUAUAUUAUGUAUCAAAUAUUUUAGUAAACUUUUUAAGUAAGAUGUACGUGCAUUUCUAACAAUUCCUAAACAAAAAUAUAACAAAAAUUGUGAUGUUUGUAGAUAGCUGUUUUUAUUUGGUACUGAAUGCAAAAUUUGCGAGAUCAUUAUGAUUUUCAAUGUUAAAUCAUUGGGAACCUUGAUGAUUGCUUUCGACCUGAUGUUACAUGAUCAAUAUUUCGUUUAUAUUAUGUUCAUUUCAAUACAUACUCGUACUUAAGUGAUUGGUAUUACAAAAUGUAAAGUUAUUGAUACGUGUACAUUCGGUCUUUAGGUUAACAUGUAGCUAACUUAUUAUGUUUUGUUAUGAAAAGUAUUAGACUUGUAUUCGACGUAGAUAUAGAGAUUUUUAAAUAAUAUUUUCCUAUUUGUAUGGAAAAAUUACCUGAAAACUACUGAGUUACCUACAUUAAUUUUAUUUCUAGACUUAUGUACUGUUAAACUGCCACAAUUUGCUGUAAUAUAUUUGUAAGUAGAUUAUGGUUAGGUAUAAUUGUAAAAUAUGUUAAGAUUUUUACAGUAAAGUUUUAUAAAAAAAUAAUAA